UAUUUUCCACAGUGCUACGUUUUGAAUGCUUGAGCAAUUGUGCAUCUCAUUUAUUCGUUAGAUCUGGUCUUUCUGGAGCACGCUCACAUAUACCCCCCCCCCUCAGCUGAAUGGAAGAUCCUAACCUUUUUGACGUCAGUUCCGCUUGUGCAACUUUGUUUUUGAGAGAGAAGGUAAAGCAAGACCAGUCCUAAGGCAAGGAGUGCCACUGACUUUGGCGUUUGGUUGUGCCCCUCAAGCUAGCAGCAGAUAUCAGCACAGAAUUUCAAGAUGCCGCACGGUCACCACGGCGGAGGACACCAUCAUGGCGGAGGACACCAUCAUGGUGGAGGACACCAUCAUGGCGGACACCAUCAUGGCGGACACCAUCAUGGCGGCCAUCAUCAUGGCGGACACCACCACGGCACGUUUGGACCACCUCAUCACUUCGAACCUCACCACCCUCCUCACCACCCUCCUCACCACUUCGGACCUCACCACCCUCCUCACCACGCCGGUCCUCACACUCCACUGUUCCCUCAUCACGAUCCUCACCAUCAUCAUCAUCAUCCUCACCGUCGCGAUGACAACGAGUGCUGCGUCAUCCUGUGAGGGAUCCGCUCAAAAUCUAAAAAUGAGGGGAAUCAAUUUUAAUGAAGGGACGAUAGAAAACCUUUCCAACAGAACGUUGUAAAAUGUUCCUGAACUUUUAUAAAAAAAAAAGCGUCUAUGUGUUGUAAGGUCGUAAAGCCAGCUAUAGGAUCAUGUACAUAUACUAAGAAAUGCACACACAUCUAGUCAAGAAAAGACUAUUUACUAUGUUCACUAUGUAAUACUUCGAUUUUGGUCAUCGUACAGCCUUAUGAUCAAUCGGCAAUAUAUACUUUAUAGAAUCUUUAUUUGCAAAAUCAUGCCCGAAGGCUAAUUGCUUUCACAGUCAAGGACACUAUUAGGUACAAUACAAUAAUAGGAGACAGACAACUACUUGUCUGGAAAACAUUACAUGUAUACUUUACUACUAUGCUAGCUAUUAUGAGGCUUGAGUUCUUCUUUGAAGGCAAUGGAUAAUAAAUAGUCCCACAUUCUG